AUGACUGGACUAACAGGCGAUAGGGGUGGCACUGGAUACACUGGAAUAACUGGUGUACAGGGAUCUACAGGCCCACGUGGUAUAUCUGGUCCAAACGGUAAUAUUGGGUUUCCAGGUUUACCUGGAUCUGUAGGCCAAACUGGUAGUAAAGGUGUUCAAGGACCCCAAGGUGUUCAAGGACAAACUGGAUUUACAGGUUUAUCUGGACAACAAGGUACACAGGGAACACAGGGACCAAGAGGAGCGACCGGUCCUGUUGGUUCAACAGGU